CAAGUUGCUUUUUAUUUUGCAUAAUAUGCAAGUUUAAAAUUAAUAGUUUUAUCAUUCAACUUGUUGUCUUUUUUUGUGCGAAAAUAGGCCUCUUAGAAUCGGCCUCUAAAAUGUAACAUAUACGGCCGUAUAAUAUAGUAGGCCAUGCUUAAGGUUUUUUAAAGUUUUUAAUCAAAUUGCUGCAACCCAUCUUAAAAUGACUUAAGGGACCCUUAACGGCUAAGGGAUUCUUAAGGACUAAUUUUUAAACUCAGGAAAAAAAAUACGGAAUGAUUUUGUAAAUUUGCUGUUGAGAAAGCAUGGUUUUAAAACUUCUUUGGAAAUUCGCUUAUAAGUGAUCAAAAUUAAGUCAAAUAUUUAUAGUUAUAAUAUGGUUACAAUUUUAAUAUCUAUAAACGAGCUUUAAAUAAUCCUAAUAAUCCAACAAAAUAUUUUUUAGUGUAUAAAUUAUUGGCUUUAUCAUGACUUCAAGAAAUGAUAGAAGAAAACGUGAAAAUGAAAUGGAUACUUUUAUAUCGAGAUUGAAAGGAGAAACUGACAGCUAUUUAACACAGUUUAAAACUGUAGCAGAAAAUGAAAAUGUUACAAUUGGCGAAGACUAUUUUGACGAAAAUGUAUCUUCUAUUUUUGAUGAGGCGACUGGAUGUGAUAAUGAAGGUGAUGAGGAUGAAAACAAUGAAAGUGAAGUUCUAUCAGAGGAGAAUCAUGAAAUCAACAGCUUCUCAUCCCUGCAUAAUAAAUUGUUAUACUUCUGUUUACUUUAUAAACUCAGCAAUAGUGCAAUACUCUGUUUGCUUACCAUUUUAAACAAGGAAGGAGUUGAUGUUCCUGUUUCAGUUUAUCUUUUUAAAAAACCUCAAGUUGCAAAGAAGGUCCAGGUGUUAAAGAAUACUCUAGAUUGCAGUAGAAAUUUUGGUUACUUAUCAAUUUUUGAAAAUCUAUUUUACUGUAUUAAAAAUAGUCUAGUGGUAUUCAAAACGCAAUACGUAGAUCUUAAAAUUAAAAUUGGAAUUGAUGGUAUUCCAAUAUUCAAAAGCUCACCGAUACAUAUCUGGCCAAUUUUAUUCAAUAUAAGAAAUGUAGGUUUUAAUAAACCUCUUCCUAUUGGUGUUUAUUCUGGUUUAUGCAAGCCAAAUUUUUCUGGUUUUAUUGAACAAUUACACAAAGAGUUAUUUUUGUUUAAAUCUUAUGUUAAUGUAUCUGGAUUUUUUAUUAAAAUAACCAAUGUUUUAUUUAUCUGUGAUGCUCCAGCAAGAUCAUUCUGUCAGUGUGUGAAAAGUCACUCAGGGUAUAAUGCUUGUCCAUACUGCAGGAUUCCAGGUGUGUAUGCUACAAAUAAAGUAAUAUUUCCGUUUGGUUUUACAUAUCCUUCUCGUACUGACUGUAAUUAUAAAUCACUAUCAAAAUCGAACCAAAUAUUCUUAUCUCCACUAGCUGAUGUUGCAAAUUUAAGUUGUGAUUUUCCUCCUGAAUAAAUGCACACUGUUUGUCUAGGUGUUAUGAGAAGACUUAUAAUGUCAUAUUUUUCAAAGAAAUAUGGUCGGUUAAACUGUCGGGUCAGUGGGAAUCUGAAAGAACUGCUAGAACAAAAAGUUAAAUUGUGGUAUGGAGCUUUGCCAUCUGUAUUUUAUAAGAAAAUAAGAUCUUUUCGAAAUAUUAAUUAUUUUAAAGCCACAGAAUUUCGAACAAUUUUACUGUAUACAGGCCCUCUUCUUUUUAAAGGUAUCAUUCCUUUAAACUAUUAUAAUCAUUUUUUGUGUUUACAUUUUGCUAUGUAUGUGUUUAUUGGAACAUCACACAAACAUUGUUAUGACAAUGCUACUUCUUGUAUACAACAUUUUCUCAAUGGUUUAAAGGAACUUUUUAGUGAAAGUGCUUAUACCUUCAAUGCACAUAUGCUAUUGCAUUUACCAGAAUUUGUGCAGCAUUUAGACAUUUAGAUAAGUUUUCUGCUUUUCCUUUUGAAAAUUAAUUGUAUUUAAUAAAACAGCGUGUAAAAACUGGAACCUAUGUAUUUGAACAGUCCAAUAACUCUGUUUUAACUAUUGGAAGUUUAUAUUCCGAUCCACCAAAAAGAAGUUUUUUUUUCUCCAAUAAAUAUCCCAAUAAUACUGCUCUUGUUGUAUUUCAAUCAAAUAUUGUUCCAAUUAUUAUAACUUCUAUUAGCGACAACCAUAUUGCUUCUGGAUCCUUAUUAUUAUUUAAAUCCGAUUUAUAUGUUCAUCCUUAUCCUUCCAGUUCAAUAGGUAUAGGUAGGUAUAUACAGUCUAAUAUCAAUGUAACGGAUGUGAAGAUUAUUAAUAAAUAUAUUUAUUUUCUUGAUGGCAAUGAGUACAUUGUUAUACUAUUUGCAAAUAAUGUUUUUAAGGAUUGACAAUCAAUGAAUUUUAAUAGCUGAUUUUAUGAUGUAAACUUUUAAAUAUAAUAAUAUUUAAAUUAUUUUAUUUUUUUGUUUUACACAUUGAUUUUUAUAAGAAACUAAACCAAUUUACUUGUAGUUAUGUUUUAUCUUCAAGAUACA